CAACAGAUUUGUUCUUGCCAAGGGAGGAAAAAAGCCAACCCACCAACAGUUUAAAUUAAAAAAAAAAAAUGAAACUAAAGCCCAACUCAUCAUCAGCCUAUGCAGGAGCAGGAGGGGUUUCGGAGUGAACUGCAUGCAGGAAAUAUCUCACAUCCUGAGUUUCAGGAUUCUUUCGCUCGCUCUGUAACUGUGCAUUAAUGGGGCUGGGACCAGCUGAUCGAAGUUUGUCUUUCGGCCUGGAUUAAGAUGUCAGAGCGUCUCCAUGCAGGACGACAACGCAACCCUCCUUUUCCUCAUCCCCCGACCCAGAUACUCUGUCUACUGCUCAGCCUCUUAAUAACACCCUCAUCCGGGUCUCGAGGAGAAACUGCUGAAAGUAAACUGGAAUUCCCUAGGCAAUGGAUUCAAAGAGAACAACUAGAACACUACCACAUAACCAUCCCUUAUCUUUUGAGUGGUAAACAGUGGAAACCAAUAAAGAAUCUUUAUGAACAGACUCACCCAGCAAUGCUGAAAUUUCUUAUACAAGCCGAAAGUGAACAACUUGUCAUCAGUCUGGAGAGAAAUGAUGGUCUCUUUGCUGGCAACAUCACAGAAAUGCAUUAUUUGGAAGAUGGUACUAGCACUAUUGUCACACGUAAUUACACGAAUCACUGCUUCUAUCAUGGCCAUGUACAAGAAUAUUCUGAAUCUGCAGUAAGUUUGAGUACAUGCUCUGGACUCAGGGGUAUUAUUUUUUUUGAAGAUAGAACCUACAUUUUGGAGCCACUGGAAGGUGCUAUGAAUGAACAUAUAAUCUAUAGACCAAAACACCCAAACCUAAUCCUGGGUACAUGUGGCCAUCAUCUCAAUCUUACUGGUAUCACUUUGGGGGAUACUGCACAGCUUAUUCAGACAUUUACUAGCAGACACAAAAGAGAAACUCUGAAGUCCACCAAGUAUGUGGAGCUCGUAAUUGUGGCUGAUAAUCGUGAGUUUCAGAGACAAGGCAAGGAUGUGGAAAAAAUGAAACUGAGGCUAAUAGAAAUUGCAAACUAUGCUGAUAAGUUCUACAGGCCAUUAAAUAUUAGAAUAGUUUUGGUUGGAUUAGAAGUCUGGAAUGAUGUGGAUAAAUGUACAGUAACUCAAGAUCCCUUCACCACUCUUCAUGAGUUUCUGGAUUGGCGAAAGAUGAAACUACUACCUCGUAAACCACAUGAUAAUGCACAACUAGUCAGUGGAAUCUAUUUCCAAGGUACCACCAUUGGCAUGGCACCUAUAAUGAGCAUGUGCACUAGAGAGCAAUCUGGAGGCAUUGUUAUGGAUCAUGCAGACAAUCCAUUGGGGGCAGCAGUAACUCUGGCUCAUGAACUAGGCCACAAUUUUGGUAUGAACCACGAUACACUGGAAAGAGGUUGCAACUGCAAAACAACUGCAGACAAAGGUGGCUGUAUUAUGAACCCUUCAACUGGCUAUCCGUUUCCCAUGAUGUUCAGCAGCUGCAGCAAGAAAGAUCUGGAAAACAGCUUGGAGAAAGGCGUGGGGAUGUGUCUCUUCAACCUUCCAGAGGUUAAGGAAUCAUUUGGUGGCCCCAAAUGUGGGAACGGCUUUGUAGAAGAGGGAGAAGAGUGUGACUGUGGUGAACCUGAGGAAUGUACGAACCAAUGCUGUAAUGCUACAACCUGUACUUUAAGGCCAGGAGCAAUGUGUGCACACGGACUUUGCUGUGAAGAUUGCAAGCUGAGGCCAGCAGGGAUUUUAUGCAGGGGUACCAGUAAUUCCUGUGAUCUUCCUGAAUUCUGUACUGGAAGCAAUCCUCAUUGCCCAGCCAAUGUUUACUUGCAUGAUGGGCACUCUUGCUAUGGGGUAGAUGGGUACUGCUAUAAUGGGAUGUGCCAGACUCACGAACAGCAGUGCAUCACCCUCUGGGGACCAGGUGCUAAACCUGCUCCUGAGAUAUGCUUUCAGAGAGUCAAUUCUGCAGGAGAUCCAUAUGGAAACUGUGGCAAGGAUUCUAAAAGUACUUUUGCCAAGUGUGAACCCAGAGAUUCAAAGUGUGGAAAAAUUCAAUGUCAAGGGGGAGCAAGUCGACCUGUAAUUGGUACCAAUGCUGUCUCAAUAGAAACAAAUAUCCCUCUACAAGGAGGAGGCAAAAUUCUGUGCCGAGGAACACAUGUUUACUUGGGGGAUGACAUGCCUGAUCCUGGUCUUGUCUUGGCUGGAACAAAAUGUGAAGAUGAAAAAAUCUGUCUUAAUCGCCGCUGCCAAAACACCAGUGUAUUUGGUGUUCAUGAAUGUGCAACAAAAUGUCAUGGACGUGGGGUCUGCAACAAUAAAAAAAAUUGCCACUGUGAGGCUCAUUGGGGUCCUCCCUUUUGUGAUAAGGCAGGAUUUGGUGGCAGUAUUGACAGUGGGCCAGUUCGACAAUCUGAUAACAGAAGCUUAAUUGCAAUACUUAUAACCAUCCUGUGCCUUCUGGCGGCCAGUUUACUUGUGUACUUCAAGAGGAAGAUCUUGAUUAGAGUAUUCUUUAUUAAUAAGAAGACUACAAUAGAGAAACUUAGGUCAGUGAGUCAAACAAGGCCUUCCAGUUCAUCUGAAUCUAAUCAUGUUCAUACGGCAACAUUCCUCAGUAAAAAACUAGCCAAACAGCCACAAAAUUUAACCACACCCAAGAGAAACAAUGUACAACAAUUGCUACAAUAUCAGAAAAGGGAUAUUAGCUACUUUGUGAAGGCCCAGGAUAUAUCGAAACGGAGCCCACCAGAGAGGGUCCAGGCACAUCUUUGUGAGAUUUCCUGCCAACAAUCUGUGUCUGGAAAGGUGCUGCCCACCAAGCCCCUUCUGAAAUUUGACCUGGAAUCUUGCAAGCCAAGUCCUCCUCAGAAGCCUUUGCCAGCUAAUCCUCAGAAGAACAAAGCUAUUCAGAUUAAUACUGCUUCUCGGACAAUGUUUGAGCUUCCAAAACCUAUGCCUCAAAUUGCUCCUGUCAGGCCUGCACCAAAACCUCCACUUCAAGUGCCUAGGCACUGCAAUGCUGCCUAUAUGAAAUGAAAAAACCGAACACCAUUUUUAUUCUGAAAAAAUAGAAGUUUGCACUAUUUUUCAGCUGGAAAUUAAUAUUUUUAUAUCAACCAAUAGAAUUGUUAAUGUUCUAUAUCCCAUUGUUUUAAGAAUUCUGAGCUACUGCCUUUGGUGCUAUACUGUGUAAAGGUGGUCUGCGUCCUUGCUCAGGUACUUAUAAAUUAUUAAUUUAUACUGAUAUUUAUUACAGUGCAGAGCACUGUAGUAAAUAUUAUUUCAUCAUAAUCAGGUUUUCCUAGGAUGGAAGCCAUUUUUAUGAUGUUUAAGCAGUCUUGAACCAUCUUUCAUUUUAAAUUCCACAGCAGGCUAUAUAAUACCUCUCUGUGUUUGUUGUUCAGUUUAGAUCUGUUAUUUGCAGGAUGCUGACUAGAACUGAAAUAAAAUUGCUGAGAUCAAGGGCCCAAUGAAAGUUCAAACUUUUUUAUUGUUUGCCAAAAUAUGUAGGCAAAAUAUAAUUUGGGGGGUAUAAUUUAAAGGAAAGUGAAGUAAACAACUGCCAGUGCUUUUCCUAUUGAUAUUCCAUUAGAAAGAUGGAAAAAUACUAUUUGCAAAAAUCAAGGAAUAUUGUGAGAUUUUCUCAUAAUUUGAAAGCAAAUGCAACCAAAAAUUCACUGUGAUUAUGCAAGUACCAAAUGGAAGUUCAAUCUACCUCUAAUGAACUGUGCAUAUGGAACAUAACCAUUUUUGGAGAAAAUAAUACAAAAUGUGAUUUGUGCAAAACUCAUCUCCAUCACCAUGAUACAGAUGUACGUUAAAUAUACACUGAAUUAUCUCUGAGGCUUAUAUACCUAUCCCAAGAUCAGCAGUUUUAUCCAGUACCCAGAAUCCAUUUUUAAUUGUACCAGAAUCUCAAGUAUAUUUCUUAUAAAUAUUUAUUUCAGUUCUAUAACAUGUUAGUUCUCUGUUCCAGAAUUAGAAUGGGUUAGAGAAAUCUUCAGAUAAAUUGUACUAACACAAGUUAUUUCUUUUUUGUAAUACACAGAAAUAUAGUUAGCCACAAUGGUAUAUCCUAACUCACUGUACUGUAAUGUUAAAUGCCUGUUUUCCAAGACAGUGUACAGAUUUUCAAAUAGCUUUUAAAGUACUGUAUAUUGAAUACCAGUUUAAGUAGAAAUGGUGUGUAAUUUCUAUCAUAAUGCAUUUUCAAACUUUUCAGUCUUCUCAGUGUUUAUGUAUUUGUAUGUAUGCAAGCAUACAUAUAUACACAUCUACAUGCACACAACAAUGCACACGAGGCUCACACUUUGAUGAUUAGUUUCCACCAAUACGGCACAAGGUGCUUGACUUUUUCUUACUCUGUGGUGCAACAGACCAUAUAGCCACAAAACUUAUAGGUAGCUUUAUAGUUCUGUAAUACGCACCCAGUUCAGAUGCUUACCUUCCAUUUAUACGAUGGUUUCAUGUACAGAAUAGCAAGUAACUCAGCAUGGGAUAGGAGUUUUUACUUUUUAAAAACAUAUUACUAUAGAAGUCAUAUUUCAAAAAAUAUUUCUUAUAAACAGCUGUGCACAGUAACAAAAAUGCAUUGUUUAGACUUACGCACUAAAAGAAAAAAUCAACACAAUAAAAUAUUUUGCAAAAACCCAUAACAAUGUCUUGAGAGUACCGUAUUUAGCACUUACAAAAAUUAGAUUCGUAGAGGUACUGCUUUGAGUUAAGCUACCAUAUUUCGGCUGAAAAAUAGCAGAUAGCUAGAUGGCAGCAAGGAGACAGACAACUCAUUCUGUUGUUGUUGCAGCUCUUGGUAAUAAUCCAAGUUUCUGCAGCCCAGAUUUAGUAGCCAAGUACUGAGUGGCGAUGACACUGAUGGUUAAGACCAAAGUUAAUAUCUUCAUUCAUCCAGUCAUUUGUCUUUCUCAUAGACCCUCUGUUAUUUUCACUCUGUCAGUGACUCUGUCAUAUCAUCACUUUUAAUUCUUCAUCUCCUUAUGUCCACUUAUUUUAUAAAAAUAAUUUAAUUAGUUCUUAUACCGGGCUGUUGCACGCCAAGAAAUUUGAAGAAUUCAACACUUAAAAAACAUUUUCAUAUUUACCGCUUAUGCUGAAUGUUCUGUUCAUUGGUUUAAUGCACGGUGACUAAAGAUGUAGCUCUGAAAUUAGCUAUAACAGAAAAGGUAUAGGUUUCCCCUGUCCAGUCGUGUCUGAUUCUAGGGGACAGUGUUCAUUUCUUAGAUGAGAGAGCCUUCAUUACCUGAAGACAGCUCGGAUCAUCUCCAAUCAUAAAGGACCACAAUUAAGAGGAUAGAAUUCUAGUGCUUUUUAUGAAAAUGGCAAAUUUUGAGUUCAUCUAUCCCAGUACUAUCUGCACGGAUCACUUAGAUUUCUAAGAGAGGAGUAAGAUCAUUUCCCAUUUGUCUACCUAAAAUUGAACUUCCCAUGCCUCUAUGUAAAUGGGGGCUUUUUCAUCUGCUGUCUGUUUAUGGUCAGAAAGUCUCUACCAUUGAUUUUUCUCCCCUGCUAACUAGCAGGGGAGAAAAUCAAGGCUUAUUUCAUUAGCAGCAUGGAUAUACUGACUUACCAUCUAAAAGAUAUUGUUAAAAUUAUUUUAGUCCAAACAGCAGCUGGGAAGCAUAAGAUAAAUGUAUUUGUCCUUGGUUUAGCAAUUUUAUAAAAAAUAACUAUUUUUAUUGAUAGAGCUACAUUUAUUUUUUCCUUUCUCUUAAAAAUACAUAACCAAUUGAAUCCCUAUAUUUUACAUCUUUCCUAUUAUUAUAAAUUGACUGAUAAUAUUAUCUGUUAAUACAUCAAAUUGCUUUUAGUUUCCAGACCUUUUCGUAAUUCCAGUUAUAUAUGCAACAUGCUCUUUUCCAAAGUCACUAAUCUUUGCUUCUUAAUAAAGAGAGCCAGCACCUAAUGAUCUUUAUUUCUUUUUGAUACAUAAUUUAACUUUUCCAAUUAUUAUGCUCUGUAUUUAGGCAACAACAGCAGUGAUGCCUAUGAAGAAACCAGGUAAAAACAUCCAUAUCUCAAAACAAAGCAAAAUGGAAUUAUCUAGGAAACAAUUUGGUUCAUAAACUUUGCAUAUGUUACUAUGUAAUUAUUGAUAUUUUAAUUUAUAAGACAUUUUGGAAAAUAUUAAUGCAAUAUUUAUGCUAAGUAGGAAGUUAUUGAUGAUUGUAAAAUUCAGCUUUUUAAAAUGAGAUUUGCCAAGUGCUAUUAGUAUUCUUUAUCUUUCAUGCCUCUUGAAUAGAUUUAGGUUUUCUGAGGGCUUUGACCCACCAUUCUCCAUGAAAAUUAAUUCUAUUUGACUGUCACUCAAAAUAAAUUCAUAAUUACUUAUUAAAAAGAUGACAUUUAUUUCAUCUAGCAAUAAUCCCAGGAAGAGAAUGCUUAUAAAAAUAUUGAACUAUGUAAGACUUAUUCUUUCUUUGGUACUAACAUUAAUUUCCCAUCAUUAUUUCCUUUCUAUUUAUAAAAAAAGUGUAAGCAAAACUAUUUAAGAGAUAUAACCUUCAGUUAGAAGACUCUAUGCAUUCUUAGUGCCCCAAUCUAACAGGCAUUUGUUGGGUACUACUGCAUGAGAAAUAAGAUCAGUCUGUGUAGAUGACAGUUAAUAUUAGACUUCAGAACAUGUGCAAUGUGCAUAAUGUAUGUUAGGCAGAGGUCAAAUAUAUAUCACAACCGAAAUCAGCAGAUGAUCAAGUCAAUUUGAUCUUAUCUAACAUUUUAUAAGUGAGAAGAAACAUGGUUUUAUGUGUCUGUUACUAUUAUUCUGUCACAAAAGGAGUCAACAAAAGUAUCAGUAAACUGAAGAGAAUUUUUUCUUAAUUACAACAAAGCAUAUCAAUCAUCUUAAUUUUAUAGCUGGAGCUGUAACAUUAGUAUUUCCUGAAACCAAGUCUUCCAAGGCAAAACGCUCCUUAGUUUCCCAACAGGAUAUUUGUAGACCUCAUCUGAAGAAAGCAAGUGCCUAGACCAACCUGUGAUGUUUUCAAUGGAUGGCAGCAAAGCUUCCCACCAUCAUGGCUUUGUUGGUGUGCACAGGGGGCAUCUUAGGAUGUGCAGGAUAUUAAGCCAUCGUAUUCUUUCCAAACAAUUGGGAACUCCUACAGCUUAAGAGCAAAUCUCAUGUCAUUGGAAGCUAUGCUUUGGGGGGGAAAGGGGAUGGGUGGUUUGAGAAUCUCCAUACCUGGAGGUUACGGCUUUAAAAAGAGGCAAUUCUCCAGCCCUCAUGUUUCCAAAAGAUGAUUCGGUAUGGUCAUGAUCAUGAUGCUGGACUUGCUUUCUGAUGAACAGGGAGAAAAAGAGCUAGGGGCAUCUAGGAAUAACAGCCCUGGUGGGACUGAUUCCAGCACUAUUGUAGCCAAUUACACCCACUUCAUUCUGGCUGAAGCAGAUCCAGUAAGAAUCCCUGCCUGCACCCUCUAUCUGCCUCUCAGAUUCUUAAAUCAAUUCACCUAGUACUGAGUUGUAUUUUUUCUGCCAAAAAGCAGAAAAAUAGACUCUAAGAAGUAAAGAACAAGCUGUUCAUUUGGAUAAAGCAUGAGCACAGCUGAUUUUUUAGGUCUCUGUCAUUAGCUCCUUAGUGCAAACAUUUUCCUGGGACCGCAUAGCUACUGUGUGAAUCCACAAAAAGCUAGGACAUCUUUAAGAUGGUGGCAGCUGCAACAAGCACCCUCAAACUCUCUCUGAACCACAUUUUCUACUUUAGAUACAAAUAAUUUUACAUUCCCAUAAAUAACUGAGAAUUGGUGGGAUAACUACAUUUAAUAUAAAAAGAAAAAAAGCAAUGGACAUAGAAUACCAUGUCCUGUUCUGGAUACUACAGUUCCAAAAAAGGCCAAUAGCAAAUUGGAAUGAGUUCAAAAGAGAGUUAUAAAGAUAUUGAAGACUGUGGAAACUAGCCCAAUAUACAACAGUUGAAAGUUCUGAGAAAGAUUGAUGAGAGAUACACUACCAUUCUUCGGACAUCUAAAAGGAGGGAUUUAUUUUCUACUCUGCCAAAGUAUAGGACUGGAAUCUGUGGGUGUAAACGUAGAAGACAGCAGAAUUAAUAACUUUCAGGUACCUUCAAACUCAAAUCUAAACUGAUAAUCUGUGCUUAUAUAUUAACUGCAUAUAAUAUGCUGACUUUCCAGCAAAUGAACUAUAAGUAAAUAAAAAAAUAUUUUUGAAAUUAAUGGUAAUGCAACAAGAAAAGACAGGAGAUUUGAAAGCAGAUGCAGCAAUUUUAGAAUUACACCUAUCCCAAAAUAAAAAAAAUUAUGCGGAAUAUUUAUUAUUCAGAUAUGUUUUACAGCAAGUAAUAGGAUGCAUGAGAUGCAAUGUGAGCUGCCUUUAGGACUCAUCCUAUGGAACAAAAAAAAUCCUAACGCCAUUUGUUCUUUACUAGAGGAAUAGCAACUGAUGUAUAAUUUGAACUGUUGAUAUUGUGAUCCUUGAAACAUUUUUACAUUAAAUGAAAUCAGUUGUUCUAAUUAAUGUGUAUAGGGUUAUUUUAACAAAAUAAUUCUAUAUACUAUAAAUGUAUAUUAGAAUCCAGUGCAUUCAUUUUUAUGAAAUAGAUCUCUAUAGUGGUUACAAUUAUACUUGCUUUAUUUGAUAUACAGCAUUAUAUUACAGUUUGUCUUCCUUCUGUCCAGACUUUAUAAAAAUUACUACAGUAUGUCAAUAUAUUUCAAUAUUAGGAUAUUUUCUUUUAAGUAUUUUAUAUCAAAUAAAUUGUAAAUACAUAUUUAGUUAUCUGUUAUUUUUUAUUUUAUUAAAUGAUUUUGCAAAUUGAGAUUUAUUGAGGAAAUAAAUGUUUAUUUACUCUGCAGUUCAAAUAGGGCAUACUUUAUAAAUCAAGUACAUUUAAGAAUUCAGUCAUAUAUAGACCUAUUGAGGAAUAAAAUUUCUUUAAAGUCUGUGAUUUUUAAUGCAUAUUGAAGUUAUUUAAUAAGUAUGGCCUCAGAAUGUUAGGAAAAAAGUAGUUUGGCAGCUAAAUUUAUCAAUUUCUUCUUUGGCAGAGAAGACAUCACACUAAGCAUUUCUUAUAUUGUUCACCUAAUAAGACAAUAUUUGUUGGGUCAAAAUUCUAUGCAACUCAGAGUGCACAGAGGUUCUAAGAUCACAGUAUGUCUUCAGAAUAAAACAUUAUGUCUUCUUGAAAAAUAUGCCAUAUACAGUAUAGAGCUACAGAAAUAAGUUGGGGAAAAAGUCUAAAUAACUAUUUCAUUAGAAGCUAAAGAUACAUUUGUUUUAUAUACUAAAGAAUUUCUCAGUGCUGAGUACUGUGUUCACAACAAAUAUUGAAAAGAAGCUUAGAAAUCAACUACUAGCCUUUUAUCAUUCUCAAAAAAUAUAUGAAAAUAAUCACAUUAUUUCAAUUGUAGAAAGAUAAACAAUAGCUUUCUGCUAACAGAUAAGAUACUAAGUUAACUUUUAUUCAAUGUGAAGGUGUUAAUUGACAGAGUUGGAAGAAAAUUAAAAUGUAAUUACAGCAUUAUCAGCCUGAAGGAAGAGAAGUGUUUAUUAAGCUACUAAUAUUGUUUAUGCUAUUCAUAUAUUAUAAUUUAUAUUGUGUAUAAAUUUGUUGCUGCUGUUAAGAGCUUGACUGAGAGAACAAUAAAUUUCUCAAUGAUAGCAAAUCUUUGCUACUGUGAUUGAAAUAAUGAUUAAAGUCAUCAGGACAAAUGGAUUUAUCGGACAUAUUUAUUUUUCUGAACUAGAAAACAGGAUUAAAAAGCAGAAGGAGAAAAUCCUUUGCUGCUUAUUGGCUAUAUCUUGUAGCUAUCUACUUCUACAGAAAUGCUUUGACCUCAGAAAGCCUGAGAAAGAUCUCAGGCUCUCUCUCACCUCUGUACAUGAAAAUAAUUUAGACAAGCUAGAUAGCCACUCUAAAUUUAUUUUCUCUUAUUGCUUUGCAAUCUAACUGAAAUCCAACAUCAACAAAGAAGCCUCAGGCUUCCUAUCCCUGCUGCACAGAGUUGUUGUGAACUUGUUUUAUAUACCACUAUCAUAUGGGGCUGCUGUUUCUAAAAAUCUCUAUAUGGCAGAUGUCAUUUAUAAUGCUGCAGAGUAUUCAAAAGAAUAUUAUUCAAAGUGCAUUGAUAGUGUGAAAACACCCUUCUUUGGAGGAUAGAAGUAGUAAUGUCCCUGGACCCAGCUGUUGGAGACUUAUUCAGACAAUAUUGCACAAUUCACAGAAAACAAUUUGGCUGAGACCGCCCCAAAGUGAAAUUCAUGUAGAGAUUACCACAAAAAGCCUUCAAGCAGCCUUACUGAGCCUACCAGAAGACAUUGCUGUUUCCGAGUUUUGAAGAGAAACACUUUCAUGUCAAUAUACUUUAUGAAGCAUUCUAUCAAAUGCUUUACACAACCCUAGAUAUAUACUAUCAAGCUCUCUCUCUCUCUCUCUCUCUCUCUCUCUCUCUCUCUCUCUCUCUCUCUCUCUCUCUCUCUCUCUCCCUCCCUCUCUCUCUCUCUCUCUCUCUAUGUGUGUGUGUGUGUGUGUGUGUGUGUGUUUAGUGUUCUGGAUCUGAACUUUUAUGCAGUUUCUAAAAUGAUAGGCACAUUUUGAAUAUGAUUUGGACGCACAAUUCAUUAACCAACUGAAUUUGUAAUUUUGUGAACAUAAACCUAGAAAGCUUAGAACCAAAUACUGUGAAUCUGAUCAAUUAAUUUUAACCCCUAUAUUUAUAUCAACAAUAUUAGCAUCUAUAUAUAGCAUUUUAUUUUUGUAAGAGUCAUUUAAUCAUUUAAAUAUGGAAAAUAUCAAAUAUUAGAAAUUAUAUUUGUUUAAUAUUGUAGAAGGAGAAUACUAUUGGGUGAAGAGAAGAUCAAGGAAAUAUAUUAUCAAUUGAUAUACUAAUUAUGGAAAUAUAAAAAUUAAUUAUUAUUGAUUGUUUAUUAACUAUUAUUAAUUGUAUAUUCUUUUCUAAAAAAAUUAUGAACCCAGACAAUGCGCGGUACACCAGUCAUUAAGAUUGUUAUUGUAAAAAACCAAUAAAACUUCUACAACAACAACAACAAUAAUAAUAAUAAUUUUAACCCCAACUAGAAUAAAAACAAAUGAGCCAGUUUUGUGUGAUGGUGAAAAACACCGAACUAGAAACCAGCAGACUGUGAGUUCUAGGCCUCCUUUAGGCACAGGGUCAGUUGGGUGACUUUGGGUUGGUCACUCAUUCUCAGCCAUAGAAAGGAGACAAUGGCAAACCAUUUCUGAAAAACCUUGGCAAGAAAAACCAAGGGCUAGUCUAGGCAGUCACCAGGUGUCAAAAACUGACUUGAAGACACACACACAAACACACACACACACAAAUCAAAUAUAAAUACAGUAUUUGGAUAAUAAGAGUUCUUUGUACCUUUGAAUCACUCGUUUCUGCUUGGGAAGACACUGUAGGUUGUUUUGUGUUUUUUUACAUUUUUUUUUUUAAAGUGGUUUGGGUGUAGGGCUGAGAGAAAGUAAUUGAGUCAAAGUCACCCAGCUAGUUUGGGUGCUUUUAACUGCAAUAUGUUUUAGCUCAGUGCUUUUAACUGCUGUACAAAACUGGCUUUCAUAAAUUAGUAUUUGUUGAGCAAAUUCUCUUGGUAAGAUUUCCAAUUUAUAUUCAGUAGACUGUGCUCAUAUUCUUAUUAUGAUAAAGUCUCAAAUAAAAUUAUUUGUGGCAACUAUGCAGAAGUUGGGGGUUUUUUUCCUGUAUGUGGAAAAAGUUAGGCCUUAACAUUUGUAACACAAAGCUGGACCAAGACAUUCUGAAUCCUGAGAUAAAGGACAAAGUGACCUUGAUCCUACUCUACAUUUAAAGCCAAUUAAUCUAGUUAAAUACUACAGAAUUUACUCCUACAGAAUCCAUCAUGUCAGGCAGCACUAUACAUCUUACCACCAACACUCUGUAUUUGUCAUUUGAUAGAGCUACUUUGCCUAAUACUGUGGAUGAUCCUAGGUAUAUAAUUACUAAAUAUUUCUCUAGAAGAAUAAAUCUCACCAGGUUUUCUAUACCUUUGGAGAGUCCAGUGUUUGCUUUAUGUUACUCACUAAUCAGCACUACACAUUUGUGACUACAAAAGUCUCUGCCAAAGUGAUAAAAUGUUUUACUUAUUCGAGUAGUAUAAGAAAGUCAAAAUCAUAACAAUAUUUCUAAAAACAACCACACUAGUUCUAUUAUAUCACUCGUUUUAAAUUGUAAUUGAGAACCUUGACCUGCCCAGAAAAACUAGAUCUUUACAAGAUUAGAAAAAGUUUGACUUUUAGACUUUAUUUCCUAUUUAUGUGCUUGGUGUUCUGAUCUAUCCUGCAUCACUGAUCCUUCCAUAACAAGACAGUUUGAAGGAUUCUUUCAUGUUGCUUAUGUUAAAGAACAAGUGAGAUAAAUUCAUGUCCAAUUACUAUGGCAGAAUCUGAAUUUAAUGAUUUGUGCGCUUAUGAUGUAACAUGGAAAUUCUGGCAUAAAAAAGGAAGAGCUUUCAAACUGUUUCCAAAAGUGGGUUAUCUUUUAAGAAUAAAUACUGCAUGCUAAAGUACAAGAGAUGUUCAGUUGAAUGCAGCUUGGCUGUAGUGGUAAUGUUAAUUUGUUUUAGCAAAUGCAGCUUGAAGCAAUAUAUUGAAUUGGGAGAUAAAUGAGAAUGGGCCAAUUAUUUUUCCAACUCUUUCAUUUCCAUUUUAUAUCGUCCGGUAUUUAUCUCUAUCCCUUCGCAGAGGCACAAAGAAUAAGGGGAGGAUGCUUUACUGCAAAAAUAUUAUGAAAAACUUAGACAUCCUCUUAUGCUAUUUUAUUCUUCUGAUUAGAAAGAGCAAUCCUGAAGAUUGGUAUAAAGAGUUCUACAUCUCCAGGAGAUCCAAAUUCUUUUCUGGAGCCUGUCAGCAGAAAAGAAAUGAGGGAACAGCAAUAUUUUUUUUCUUUCCCUCAAUAGGUUUUUUUUCUAGCUCUAGGGGUUAUAAAAUUCCCCUUUCCCCUGUCUCCUAGUAUACUGAUGGUUGGUCCACUUAUCUAUCUCUAUUUUCUUUCUCUGACAUCAGAGAUCCAAAACUGGGGUUUUGAAUAAAUUCUUAUAAACUGGAUGUGGCAGUUUCAAGGUUAAAUCUCCUUCAGGGUUGGUCCUCCUCUCCCUGCCCCAGAGAAUUUAUCCUAUUCUAUAGUCAUAGAGUGGGGGUGUCAAAUUGCUGGCCUGCAGGCCGGAUGCAUCACGCAGAAGCCGUGCCCAUCCCAUUGCCGACAAUUGCAAAACUGUCCCAAUACAUUGUGCGACAUCACAUGAUGUCGCGAGUUUGACAUGUCUGUCAUAGAGGAAUCUCUCUAAGCCCAUAAGACUAUACAUUAAAUUGCAUUGUGCGUUGCACAAUGUAAAACAAAAUAUAGGUAGAAAACAUGCCCAAACAAAUUUUAUGAAUAGGUUUUAGACUCAAAAGUCUGUGAAAAUAAUGGUAGCAUUUCUUCCAGUGACUUUAGAAUACAGGAAGAAAAAUGGUUAUGAAUCCAUUCCUAGUUCAUUAGAUCAAAAUAAUUAUUGAAUCCAAAUGGAACUCUGAAUAGAUUUCAGAUGGCUUGUGGAUGUCAGUCUUUAACAGAAAUAAUAUAAAUGUAGCUGGUCACAUUCAUUCUCACCUUUAAACAGGAACAUAGUCUUUGGAGAACACUCUACAUUAUAGAUACAAAUUCCAUUUGGCCAUGUAAGAACAAAUUCAUUUUUUCAAUUAAAAACAUUGAUUUCAUUAACGAUUUACAAUACAAUUGCAAAUAGUAUUUUACAAUACAAUUCCAAACAUCUAACCAGAAUUUCAUUUAAGUUCAAUGGAAUAAAUUCAUGUAUAGUUCUAAACAGUCUAAUGCCCUAACAGAGCACUCCAAUGAAUGUUUACUUAGAAAUAAAUCCCACUAUAGUCAGUAGUAUUCUCUCAGUCUUAAGUGUCUGUUAGGAUGGCAUGCUUAUUAUGGGGACUGUGAUUUCUGCUUCAAUUGCCUCUCUAUAUAAGUUCAACUACAAAACUCCUGGCUGAUGUAAAGCUGCACUGUCCUUAAGUACUCAGAAUGAUAUGAGCAGUCUGUAGGAUUAUAUUCAAGAUCCUGACCAUGAGCUAUUUCCUACUUUGUCAAUUGUUAUUCUCAGUGUGUUCCAUUGCAGAAAAUCUGUUACACUAAAACCCUGCACUGCAACUCCCUGGCAUUGGUUGCUUCAAUAAACUGGUUGUUACAGUUUGCUGCCUGAUUAUUGAAAAAACAGAGGAGGGGCAGGGGGGAAUAAGCAUAUGAGAGGAGCAGGAGCAGGGUGAUUUUAAAAAAAAAGUUUUUGUUGUGUUCUAGACAUAUUCCUUUAAUGGCAUCUAUUAUUUCCAAGCAGUAAAUAUUCUCAUUGACAUUAAUCAGGAUCAUGGUUGAGAGAAGAGUUAAAGUGCCCAGAUUCCAUAGUUCCUAUCCAGCUAGUGAAAAAUUCAACAGGACAUAUCAUGUGACAAACUCCAUAUUGAGUUGUGCUAAUUAUAACUAGCAUUUGGGAUUUAAAAUCAAUCUCCAAAGGAUAGAAGAACAUAUUAUUACUAUAAAAACAUCAUUAAAGACAGACGGAUUUAAAAUUCAGAUACAUGUAAAAUGUCAGAAAAAAUCCUCAAGAAGGAAACAUUUUAAUCAAAGUGUCCAAGAAUGAUAAAAAAAACUUACAGGAAAAAAA